AUGGUGUCUUCAGACCUCCCAAAAACCCUUCAAAACGUCCUCCUCAAAUUUCAUCCCUCAAAUCUCCUCGUCCCAGAUCUCAACCUGCAUCACCCAUCCUCCACCGCCAUCAUGAACAAAAUCGUCGAAACGCUCCUCCCCUGCCUCUUCCCCAGCACCCACGACGGCCGCAUCCAGCUCCCCGCCGAGAACGCCAACCACCACCCUCUCACUCCCUCCGAGAAAACCGGGUUUUAUCCCCAGCCCACCAUGGCGAACAAGCCCUCCCUCACCAACCACGAAGCAGCCGACGCAAUCAUCGUCAUCCUAUACUCCACCAACAUGACCACCUCCUCCGUCACCGCUGACAUCAACUCCAUCGUCCACCAAGCGGGUGGCUGGUCCGAGUACCUCGCCAAAAAGAUCCUCUCUGCCAUGGAAGCCGCUCUGAAAGCUGCAAAGCCCAUGAGUGCCGCGUUGAAGACCGCUUAUGACAAAACGUGCGAGGCGGCGAAGGAGAUUGAGGGGUUUGUUGCCGAGCAUCCCAUUGCGACGGGUGUGUUUUGCACCGUGGUUGCGUUGGGGGUGCUGUGGCUUUUGGCACCGAGUGUGCUUGCCUGGCUGGGCUUUGGGUUGGAAUUGGAAGAGGAGGGUUGGGCUAAUGAGGGUUGCUAUGUAGGAAGCUGGGCUGCGGCGUGGCAGUCUACUUAUGGUGGGUUUGUCUCCGAGGACUCGCUGUUUGCUUUCUUUCAGCGCCUUGGGGCCUACUUUGGACGUUGA